AUGAACAGCUUUGACGACAUCAAGAGAAGCUUGUUGAAUGCCUUAGAUGACUCGAUACUGCCUUUGGAACAGGCCGUAAGGAGAAGUCUUGUGACGAAACAGGACGUGCUUGCGCCGAACCCCUACAUUGUCCUUGAUGGAACCACCUUCCUCGGUCUGCCUCUCUCUGCGUUUAUGGGAUCCCAGUACACUAGCUGGUGGAAGUCUCAUCCAAUGCGUACUCCACGGUCAUCAACUUCCUACUCGGAAGUACCCGCGUCAAAUGUACAUUUCGCGAACACGGGAUGGAACGAAUGGAUUGCGACCCAAGCCUCGACGUUUAUGAGGGAACUUGGUGCUCCAGGCCGGAACUCCGCUUGCACGUUUGAACGGAUGGUCAUUUGUAAUGAGGGAACUUUUCCACUCAUCGACAACACCGGUACAGGAGCUUAUGCUCACAUGCUUGUGCUCCUGCCUUGUCAGGCCUCCGGAUCAUCCGUAACGGCUGAUUUGCAGGGUCGACGUGAGACGAUGCUUGUUCGCAGUGGAGACUUGACCACUACACUGAUGGCGUGGCCCGCUGAUGCUAGCUUUGAUUUUAAACCCAUCACUUCCGGAUCCCAACUCAUACUCAUCUACCGCCUCCACACGCACGAGACCCCCACUUUCGAUAAAUGGCAUCCUUCGCGCUGGAUCGCUUACACACCCGAUCGGUCCAGACAGGAAGCUCAAAUAUCACAAGCCAUGAACCAGUGGAGGAUGUUGGCAGCGGCUUCUGAUGCCGUCCCGCGAACGCUUGUUCUUAUGAUGACAGAUAGCUGUGGGGCGGUAAGUGGCUACGUCAAUCGACCCUUUGAACCCUUCAAGGAAGACGCGGAUAAGUCGGCGUUUGUACGGUUUCUGCAACAACUCGGGAACCAAUGCGGGUUCCGAACGUACUUGGGUCACAUCAUACUGGGCAUCUCUGGUCGAGCUUCCACAAAUACGCCUCCGGAACGUUACCGCUCAAGUUGGGACGAUGAAGAUGACUGGGACGAAGACCACGAAAGCGAUGUAUGGCUGGAGGAUGACAACGUCGAGCACUAUCUUACGACGUGGGAGCUUACCCCUUGUCUCUCACAGAAUGGUCGCCUUGAUCGGAAGGAUCAACGUAAGAUCGCCGAGCUUGAUAUUUUGAACCCCGAAUGUAUACCGGAAGACGACGAGCUCAGGGAUCCCUACGAGUCGAAUUAUAGCGGCCGGGAACACUCUGAAGGACAAUGUGGAAGGCUUACCAAUGAUUAUUACCGUGUCGCUACAGGUGCUAUACGAGCUCUGGCUCUGCGUGGAGAUCGCUUUGUUGAAUACUUUGAUAACCCAUGUGAUCGCGUUUUCCUCUACAUCAUCGACGCGGCGCGUCGCGACUGGCGAUUCGCAGCGGGCGCGCCUCAACGCGUCUUGCAUAGAACGACCAUGAGCUUAGCAUACCUGCACGCACAAGACUGUACAGAACCGCACUCGGAUGCUGUCUGGGCCGUCUCAUGGACCGGUUUACCUGGCGCCGACUCUUGCGUCUCCAUAUCCGCCGACGGUCUGAUCAAACGAUGGACGCCCUCAUCUGGCCAAGCAUCGGCAUCGCGACCUCCGCACACGCUCGGACUCGUUAGCUUGAGUUUAUCCGCGGAUGGAUCGAAGGCGUUGUACAACAGCAUCGAGGGGACUGUGAGGUUGUGGGACAUGGAGGCGGAUAGAAUUGUGGGUGAGAGUCAGAGCUAUAAGGAUGGUGCUACACCAGCUUGGUCCGUGAGCAUACACCCAGGUGGCUCCACAUACGCCGCAACGGGCAAAUCAGGCGAUGUCUUCAUUCAUAGCGCCGGGCCCGAGACAUUUGGACAACCUCUCAGUACAUUGGCGAGCGGACGUGCGAAGUAUGGUUUACGCGUAAACUAUAGUCCGGAUGGUUCGAAGAUUGCACUCGCAGCGGAAAACGGACAGAUCCUGCUAUUCGAUGUCGAGGCAGGCGCACUCAUGAACACCUACACGACGCACGCCAUGGCCGUUCGCUCCUUGGCGUGGUCUCCGGAUUCCCAGCUACUCAUCUCCGCUUCGGAGGACAAGCGCCUGAUGAUGCACGAUGUGCGGGGCGCCGCGUCUGGUCGGGGUGGGAGCGGAGCUGUGGCGUCUCUCGUCGGACAUUCAUCCUGGGUGUUGGACGCUGACAUCUCUCCUGAUGGGCGCCUUGCGCUAUCCGGCUCGGCGGAUAAGACUGCAAAAGUCUGGGAUCUCGGCGCGCGUGCUGCUGUCAGCACUAUACAGGAGAACGCGGAGGUGUGGGCUGUAUCGUGGCAACCGGCGUCGGGGGCUGCAUCUGGGGGCGCAUUCGUGACGGGUAGCGAAGACGGGAUGGUGAAGUGGUGGCGCGCGGCGGGAACAGCAUGA